UGGGAGGGUGACGCUAGCUGCUGGAGGCAGGGGUGAAGCCCCACAGUCUCCAGGCACUGCCUGGCUGAGAUCUGGACGCACUUUCCUCUGCGCUCUUUGACAGAGUUGUGGGGCUUGUGACCUGCUGUGUGUGGUUGUUUGCGUUUUCCUUGGUUAUGUAAACUGGUGGCUUUUGCCAAGAACUCUCAGUUCCCGGAAGCUCCAAGCUGGUUUUUCUCCCGUUAGCCGACGUUUCUCCAUUUUAUUAAGAGGCAUAGCUCUCGGGUUACAGAGCAGUGAAAAAUGCCAGUGUUUUUUGGGAGUGAGACACCUGAAGUUCAAGGACUUCGACCGAUGAAAACGACAGCAGACGAGUUGGUUUUCUUUGUGAAUGGCAAGAAGGUGGUAGAUAAAAAUGUUGAUCCAGAAACAACACUCUUGGCCUACCUGAGAAGAAAAUUGGGGCUGUGCGGGACCAAGCUUGGCUGUGGAGAAGGGGGCUGCGGAGCUUGCACCGUGAUGCUUUCCAAAUACGAUCGACUCCAGAACAAGAUAGUACACUUUUCUGUCAAUGCCUGCCUGGCCCCCGUCUGCUCCUUGCACCACGUUGCCGUGACGACUGUGGAAGGAAUAGGAAGCACCAAGACGAGGCUGCAUCCUGUGCAGGAGAGAAUCGCCAAAAGCCACGGCUCCCAAUGUGGGUUCUGCACCCCCGGCAUCGUCAUGAGCAUGUACACACUGCUCCGGAACCAGCCUGAGCCCACCAUCGAGGAGAUCGAGGAUGCCUUCCAAGGGAACCUGUGCCGCUGUACAGGCUACAGACCCAUCCUGCAGGGCUUCCGGACCUUUGCUAGGGAUGGUGGAUGCUGUGGAGGGAAAGGGGAAAAUCCAAACUGCUGCAUGAACCAGAAGGAAGACCACACACAUCUCACUCUCUCUCCAGCGCUAUUCAACCCAGAGGGGUUCAUGCCCCUGGACGCCACCCAGGAGCCCAUCUUCCCCCCGGAGCUACUGAGGCUGAAAGACACUCCUCAGAAGCAGCUGCGUUUUGAAGGGGAGCGUGUGACGUGGAUCCAGGCCGCCACCCUGAAGGAGCUGCUGGACCUCAAGGCCCAGCACCCCAACGUCAAGCUGGUGGUGGGGAACACGGAGAUCGGCAUUGAGAUGAAGUUCAAGAACAAGCUGUUUCCUGUGAUUGUCUGCCCAGCCUGGAUCCCUGAGCUGAACGCAGUGGAACACAGACAGGAGGGCAUCUGCUUUGGCGCCGCCUGCCCCCUGAUUUCUGUGGAAAAGACCCUGGCCGAGGCAGUCGAUAAGCUUCCGACCCACAAAACAGAGGUGUUCCGAGGUGUCCUGGAGCAGCUGCGCUGGUUUGCCGGGAAGCAGGUCAAGUCUGUGGCGUCCCUUGGAGGAAACAUCAUCACUGCCAGUCCCAUCUCUGACCUCAACCCUGUGUUCAUGGCCUGUGGGGCCAAAAUGACCCUCGUGUCCCAAGGUACCAAGAGAACCGUUCGGAUGGACCACACAUUCUUCCCUGCCUACAGAAAGACCCUGCUGAAGCCAGAGGAGAUUCUGCUUUCCGUGGAGAUCCCCUACAGCAGGGAGGGCGAGUACUUCUCAGCCUUCAAGCAGGCCUCCCGGAGGGAAGAUGACAUCGCCAAGGUCACCUGCGGCAUGAGAGUCCUGUUCAAGUCAGGGAGCACGGAGGUGGAGGAGCUGGCCGUCUGCUUCGGUGGCAUGGCCGACCGCACCGUCUCAGCCCUCGGGACCACGCAGAGGCAGCUGUCCAAGGUGUGGAAUGAGGAGCUGCUGCAGGACGUGUCUGCAAGCCUGGCGAAGGAGAUGUGCCUGGCCCCAGACGCCCCUGGCGGCAUGGUGGAGUUCCGGCGCACCCUCACCCUCAGCUUCUUCUUCAAAUUCUACCUGACGGUGCUUCAGAAGCUGGGCAAAGCGGACCUAGAGGACAAAUGUGCUAAACUGGACCCCACCUACGCCAGUGCCACCUUACUCUUCCACAAAGACCCUCCGGCCAACGUCCAGUUCUUCCAAGAGGUGCCCAGCGGUCAGUCCGAGGAGGACAUGGUGGGCCGGCCCCUAGUCCACCUAUCGGCGACCAUGCAGGCCUCCGGGGAGGCCGUGUACUGUGAUGACAUGCCUCGCCACGAGAACGAGCUGUCUCUCCGGCUGGUCACCAGCACCAAGGCUCACGCCAGGAUCAAGUCCAUAGAUACUUCAGAAGCUCAGAGGGUCCCAGGGUUUGUUUGCUUUGUCUCGGCUGAUGAUAUUCCUGGGAGUAACGUAACUGGAAUUUUUAACGAUGAAACGGUCUUUGCAAAGGAUGAGGUGACAUGUAUUGGGCACAUCAUUGGCGCGGUGGUCACCGACACUCCGGAACAUGCACAGAGAGCAGCUCAAGCAGUAAAAAUCACCUAUGAGGAACUUCCAGCCAUAAUCACGAUCGAGGAUGCUAUAAAGAACCAGUCAUUUCAUGGGUCUGAGCUGAAGAUUGAGAAAGGAAACCUCAAGGAGGGUUUUGCCGAGGCUGAUAAUAUCAUUUCAGGUGAGGUGUACAUCGGCGGCCAAGACCACUUCUACCUGGAGACGCACUGCACCAUUGCCAUCCCGAAAGGCGAGGCAGGGGAGAUGGAGCUCUUUGUGUCCACCCAAAACACCAUGAAGACCCAGAGCUUCGUUGCAAAAAUGCUGGGGGUUCCAGAAAACCGGAUUUUGGUCCGAGUGAAGAGAAUGGGAGGCGGCUUUGGCGGGAAGGAGACCCGAAGUACCCUGUUGUCCACAGCAGUGGCCUUAGCGGCACACAAGACUGGCCGCCCUGUUCGCUGCAUGCUGGAUCGUGACGAGGACAUGUUGAUAACUGGUGGCAGGCAUCCCUUCUUGGCCCGAUACAAGGUUGGCUUCAUGAACACUGGGAAGGUUGUGGCUCUGGAGGUGGAUCACUACAGCAAUGCAGGGAACUCCCAGGAUCUCUCUCAGGCGAUAAUGGAACGAGCUCUAUUCCACAUGGACAACUGCUACAAAAUUCCCAACAUCCGGGGCACCGGGCGGCUGUGCAAGACCAACGUGUCUUCCAACACGGCCUUCCGGGGCUUCGGGGGGCCCCAGGGGAUGCUCAUCGCUGAGUACUGGAUGAGUGAGGUUGCUGUGACCUGCGGGCUGCCUGCAGAGGAAGUGCGGAGGCAGAACAUGUACGAAGAAGGAGACCUGACGCACUUCAACCAGAAGCUGGAGGGGUUUACCUUGACCCGGUGCUGGGAGGAAUGCCUGGCAAGCUCGCAGUAUGAAGCUCGGAGGAAGGAGGUCGAGAAGUUCAACAAGGAGAACUGUUGGAAAAAGAGAGGAUUGUGCAUCAUUCCCACCAAGUUUGGAAUAAGCUUCACUGUUCCUUUUCUGAAUCAGGCAGGAGCCCUGGUGCACGUGUACACGGAUGGCUCUGUGCUCCUGACCCACGGAGGCACCGAGAUGGGCCAGGGCCUCCACACAAAGAUGAUCCAGGUGGCCAGCAGAGCACUGAACAUCUCCACCUCUAAGAUUCACAUCAGUGAGACCAGCACCAACACCGUGCCCAACACCUCCCCGACGGCUGCCUCCGUCAGCACUGACAUCAACGGGCAGGCUGUCUACGAGGCUUGCCAGACCAUCCUGAAAAGGCUGGAGCCCUUCAAGAAGAAGAAGCCGAGUGGCUCCUGGGAAGACUGGGUCACAGAUGCCUACCUGGGUGCAGUGAGCUUGUCUGCCACUGGAUUUUACAGAACACCCGAUCUUGGCUACAGCUUUAAGACGAACUCAGGGAAUCCCUUCCACUACUUCUCUUAUGGGGUGGCUUGCUCAGAAGUGGAAAUAGACUGUUUAACAGGGGAUCAUAAGAAUCUCCGCACGGACAUUGUCAUGGAUGUCGGCUCCAGUCUGAACCCGGCCAUCGAUAUCGGGCAGGUGGAGGGGGCGUUCGUGCAGGGCCUCGGCCUCUUCACCCUGGAGGAGCUGCAUUACUCCCCCGAGGGGAGCCUGCACACCCGCGGCCCCAGCACCUACAAGAUCCCCGCCUUCGGCAGCAUCCCCGUGCAGUUCAGCGUGUCCCUCCUCCGCGACUGUCCCAACAAGAAAGCCAUCUAUGCCUCCAAGGCUGUCGGCGAGCCGCCCCUCUUCCUGGCUGCCUCCAUCUUCUUUGCCAUCAAGGACGCCAUCCUUGCAGCUCGAGCUCAGCAUGGAAAAGAUAACACGAGCAAGCUUUUCUGUCUAGACAGCCCAGCCACCCCAGAAAAGAUUCGCAAUGCCUGCGUGAAUGAGUUCACCGUCUCGGGUGUACCUGACAUGCCAAAAAACUGUAAACCCUGGUGUCUGAGGAUCUGAAGAGCAAGUCUCCAGAAGAGUCUUGUGCUACUUUGGACUUCCAUGGCGCAGGAAGCAUGUAUUGCAGAACACAUGUCUAUAGAAGGGGAUCCCAAAGCUGUGGCUCAUCAGGAUGACAUUAAGAAUAAUACUGAAUGCUUUGCAAGAUUUUGAUCAAAAAUAUGAUUUUUAAAUAUAAUGAUUAAUGAAUUCAUAAUUCAUAAUGAUAAAUGGCUAAUGUGCAAUCGGGGUCAUUUCAUGCCCGUUUUAAACAUGUAUUUGUAAUAGGUAUAAGAAGUGUCUGUAUUGCAGAUUUAACCUAACGUCCAUCACUCUGACCUGACUCAGUGGACAGCAUGAAUGACCUCAAGUGCUGAUGGUGUCCUUCAGAGAGGAUUGCCACAAACCUCAGAAGCCUAGACCAAAGUUGUUGUAAACCUGUGUGCCUUCCUCGGAAAGCCUUUCCUUCAGAUCAAUGAACCUCAUAUUAUAACCUCAGAUCUACACUCAAAUUUUGCAAUGGGGCAGUGGGGUGAGAUAAAAACACCUCACCACCUCUGGGUCAUUGAAGAAAAUAAAGAAUGAAACCAUUUCAA